CAAGGAGACUAUAUAAGCACUCGGGUGUUCCUCAUAGAGUUAAUAAAACGUCUGGACACAGGAAUCCAACCCUGAACUGUGGAUCAGAGCUGAAUUUUCUUCUUGUAGUCAAAGAGAUCCAGCAUGUCCGAAAUGCUUGAAAACAUCUUCACAGAGAAAUUUCUAAACUUGUCAAUCAACGAUGCCUUGCUCACGACUCGUUCUCAACUCAAAGCCCCGAGGCAGAAUCAGUUAAACCGCUCAGCCUCCUUCUUUUCUCCCUCCUGCCACUCUGCCUCUUCAAGCCUUAGUUUGAGCACUGAGCAUGUUAAUAGUGAUGACAGCGGUAGCUCUCCCUGGUCAUCAAACAUUUGGAGCCAAGCCCCUGUCUCCAAACAAAAUCAGCUCUCUUUCCGGCCUGACCGCUCAAUGAGCCUGACAGAGCCCAGUAGCAGCCUGCUCUCCUCUUUUGGACAACUGAACAACCUGGAGCCGUUUUCUCUGAGUCCUGCAACUACUGUGGCUCCUCCACCAGGUUUCCCUCCCUCGUCUAACCUCCCAGCCCAGGCUCCACCAGCGCUGUCUUCUAAUCGUUACAAGACUGAGCUGUGCCGUGGCUUUCAGGAGACCGGCAGUUGCAAGUAUGGUAGUAAGUGUCAGUUUGCCCAUGGUGAGGCAGAACUGCGAGGACUGUACCGUCAUCCCAAGUACAAGACAGAGCCCUGCAGAACCUUCUACAACUUUGGUUACUGUCCCUAUGGCUCACGCUGCCACUUCAUCCAUGAGGAGAAAAUCAGUGGAGGUCCGCUGUCAUCUGCCAAAUUCCAGAGGCACCCACCACCCACAGCAAUCAGUUCUCACAACCCACGCCACCAGCUUCGCCAGAGUCUCAGCUUUGCUGGGUUUAUGGGCUCGUCACGCAGCUCAUCUCCUCCAUCAUUCCCUUCAACCUUCAAUGAUCCCAACCAGGGGUUCAGCCGUGCUCCUUCUGUUUCCCCACCUCCUGCUGAUCUUCUCUCCCCAGUGUUUGGUGACUCCGUGUCACGAGAAGCAACAGUAUUCCAGUUUGGCGACCAGCAGACCCGUGCCAGCAAUGGAGACAUCCAUAACAUUCCUCUCAUCUUGGAACCAAAGGCCUCAUGCUGUGUGUGUGGCCAUGGAAAUAACUUCAACAGCAACAAUAGCAAAAUCUUCACCAGCAUGGAGGAUGGGCCACAGCAGGACAGCACUAUGCUGUUUCCUGGUGUUGGGAUCCACGGAGGGUUUGUGAAGCCUGCUGGGCUGCAACGUUUCUCCUCUGAGGACUCCCUGGAGGACAGCUACAGCAGCAGCAGCUCCAGUGGGAGUGAGUCUCCAACCUUUGAUGCUUCCGCCACCAAGAGGCUCACUGUGUUUGAGCGUCUGUCCCUGUCCGACUAAAUGGAUCCAAAGGGAAGGAACAGUGAAGCGACACUUAAGAAACAUUUCUGUUUCUGGACUUUCUUUAAAACUACUCUUCAGAACAAGAUGACACAAUAACACUUAAGAUCUUUGUAAAAAUCUAACUCUUUUUCACAAACUACUUACACUGAGAUGAUUUUUAGUACCCAAAUGUUAUCAGACUUUAUUUUUAUACUUCUAAAUAUUGUGUAGCCUAUUAGACCUUUGUAUGUGGUCUUCCAUAAGAAUUACCUCCUCUGCAGGUCUUGACAUGGCCAGAACAUAGUCUGGUUUAUUGUUAAUCUUUUGUGAUCAAAAUGGCUUAUCUUUAGUAAUAAUUAUUAAUGUCUGUGCCUUAAAGAUUUUCCCUGCCUUAUGGGCUAUUCAUUCUCUGUGCCACAAACAGUAUGUCUGAUUCAGUAGCCUUAAUCAGUGAGACCUGACAUGUGUCUAUGAUAUGCACUUUACAGCUAAUUUAAAUGGGAGAAAAUCCCAGUAGCAUUCAACCAAAGCUUCAUCUUUCACUUGGCUAUGUGUAUGUGUGUAUGCAGUGAUUGUGCGUGUGUGUAUUCAUGUGAAAGUGUCUGUGACCCAGGGUGCAAGCAAAUAUUGCAGAAGCAUUGAAGUGUGCUUAUUGAUUUGAAUAUCUGUGUCCUGGCACACUUGAUACGAUUUUGAUUUUGUGAAACGUUCUGUUAUAUUUGCAGUUAAUUGCGCCUGUUUUUGGUUUUGUUUUGUUUUCUUUGCCCCGUUUAUUGGACAGCCUGGUUCAGGGAACACCGCAGUAUUCCAUUUGGUUAUUGGUUGCCUUGUGUUGUUUAACUUAAACUAAUAUAUUUAUUAUAUUUAUUUGUGUUUAAAUAAGAAAAAAAAUGUAUUUUGUACUUUAUUUAUGAAAAAAGAUAUUUCAGACUUUUUGAGAUACCAAUGUGAGAAAAACCUGUAAAAAAAAUAGAAUCUUAUAUUUUUAAUUGUCUGAAAGGGACAAAAAUAAAUUACUGAAUAAAAACCUGA